AAUUACCACAUAAACUGCUUGAGCUUGUGUUUUUACGUUUUUCCCGAAAGAUCCUAGAAUUACCCUAGGAAAGUAAUAAUGUCUUAGUAUCUAGGUGGAAGGGUUUCACAUUAUUCAGUUGCUUUGCUUGAUAUCAAACAUGACUGAAUGUUUCUGACACACGAAUGGACAGCUGUAAGAUAUGUAGUCCUAAGAAAUGAAUACAACUUUUAUUAGACAAAUAAUCAUCUAAUGAAGUAAAGUGGGCCAUUAUAAAAUGAAUUUACUACUGGUGAGAAUCAUUUUUUUGGUAGAACUACUGGUGAGAAUCUUGUUUAACUAAGCAGUUAUUAAGAUUAUUAAAGCGACAAUUCUCUUGCUACUAUUUCAUAUUUAUAAUUUUGUCAAGCAAUUCCAAUUCUGCUUCUGAUGUGUAGUCAAGUUAAAAAACAUUACUGGGUCCGUUCAAAAGUGGUUGAAACUUGACUUAUAAUAGGCCUGAUUACUAUAAAUACGUGAGUGGUAAUGUCAGAUUCAAACACAGUUUAUUCUCAUCGAGACCAGCUAAAAAGUAUUUGAUAACUAGAUUUCUGAUAUAAAAAAUGGCGGCUCGUGAUGAGAGUUUGCUUUUCACAGAAGAGCUAUCUGCAAAAAGAACAAUAAUCAGAGAAAAUCCAGAAGGUAGUAGCCGCCAGACCAAUGAUCCUGAGCUACUCAGUAUUGUCAUCCAACAGGUUGGUAGUAGCUGUGCAACUUCUUCAUCUUCUGUAGUCUCUUCUACGGAUGAAUGGUUGAAAUCCAUAGGCAAUGCUGUAUUAACUGAUUCAUCAUCAUCAGCCGGAAACAACAACAAGAAGCAGCAGGUGCCCAAGAUAGCAAAGGUUCCGGACGUGCUUCGUAAUAUAGAAUCAAACAAGGAUUGCUAUGAUCCUAUGGUGGUUUCCAUAGGACCUUAUCAUCAUGGGAAGCCUCAUCUCCAGGAGAUUGAGGAGCUCAAGAUUAAAUGGGCAAAUCAAUUUGUGGCGGACAUUGAUGAUAAGGCACAGAGUGAUCACCUCGAGAAAGUCAAGAAACUGUACAAGGAAGUCGAGAAGGUGGCGGAUAAAGCAAGGGAAUACUACUACAUCGACAUGGAAGACAAUGAGAAAUUCACAAGAAUGAUGUUCCUUGAUGGUUGCUUCAUUCUACAGUACUUGGUUUUAUUGAAGGAUGCAGACAAGCGUACCAAAAUGGGGAUGAAAACCCAUCAGGCAGCUUAUGUCCAGCGAGACUUGUUCCUGUUGGAGAACCAACUCCCUUACAUUGUCCUGGAGGCGCUGAUGAGCAUAAGGUUUAAGAAGGCUGGUGAAGGAAAGAAGAUGAUCGAUGAGUUCAUCCAGCUCACUCAGUCUCUUCCCCCUAAACCAACAUCAUGGUUGAACCGUAACUUCCGAUUCGGAAGCAGCAGCAGACCAAAAAGUCAAGCGUCUGCCAAAUCCAGGGGAGACAUCAAAGCAGCCGACCACACAGAAGAAGGAAGCAACAAACCUCAUCAAGAUGUGCAUCUUCUCGAUCUAUUGAGGACAAAAUUAGUGGAGCCAGAUAGUUUAAAUGCAGACAGGAAAAAGAAGUUACGAGAAUUUAUUCAAAGUGUAGAUGCCAAGUCCAAAACAUAUCAAUGGUUUUCAUACGGUUCUGCCAAGGAACUGAAGAAUGUGGGAAUCAGAUUCAAGGCCAACGAAAGCGGUAGCUUUAGUGAUGUUCAUUUUGCCUCUGGCUUCUUGCUGUCUGGAAACCUGACACUUCCUCCAUUAACAGUUGACGACUCCACAAAAUCCAUGCUGCUCAACUUGGUGGCGUUCGAGAUGAGCCCCGAUGGCCCUGAUGAUUUCGGUGUAACAUCUUAUAUAUGUUUGAUGGACUCACUGCUGGAUAAUGUUGAAGAUGUGUUCGAAAUGAGAUCUCAUGACAUACUUAUGAACUAUCUAGGCAGCGACCAGCAAGUAGCCGAUCUGUUUAACGACAUAUCCAAGAACUUGAUUGCACACCCUGAUGCUUAUUAUGAUGUUAAAUUCAGGAUUGAAGAGCAUUACAAGAACAGGGUCAAGAUUUGGAUGGCUGAAUGGCUUCACACCCAUUUUAGUAGCCCUUGGACUGUUCUUGCUUUCCUUGGUGCAAUUUUUGCCAUCGCUCUUAGUUUCAUUCAGACCUAUCUAGCAAUAAAACCAGUCAAAAGCGGUCCAUAAUGCCAUGGAUGGUAUACUAUAUAUAUAUAUAUAUAUAUAUGUGUGUGUGUGUGUGUGUGUGUGUUUGGAUUUUUAUAUAAAAAUAUGUGUGUGUGUGUGUGUGUGUGUGCACAGAGCUAGCUAGCUAGCUAGCCUGAUGCAUUGGUGGUUUGCUAAUUAAGACGUAAAUCUUGGAAAAUGAUAUGAAAUAAUGGUUAUUUAUAAGCUCCAUCCAUCUGAUUUUCGCUU